AUGACACUGUUCGACUCCAUUGACGGUAAUUCUUUUUUUUUGUAUGGCGUUGAAAAAGACUCAUUUCAUAUUGUGCGUUCAUUACAUAUAUUAUCGAGCGAGCAAAAGAAAUGUGCAGCAGUGAAUUUCCUGAUAGGUAUCCAAGACGAUCCGAUGUGCUUGCUUAUCGAUCGAACGAGAGAAGGGAAUAAAUCGGAAAUGCCCGUCUCGGAGAGUGUAAUUUAUAGCGCAACAGCUUUCUGUCUUACUCAAAGGUUAUCAACACAAUGUUCUGAUAGUACAGUAUGGUCAUUUGAAAGGUUUCCGAAUAAGGAUCUCAUUGAGGACAAGUUUGCAGACAUUGCUGAUGGAACAAUUUCACUUGAAAAAUGCUUGAUCUCUUGUUUAAACGGGAAGCAGUGCAGAGCGGUCUUGUAUAAUAAAAAAGCGGCGCAGUGCCGUUAUUUGAAUGUAUCAAUUCAAAACGUUCACGAUACAAAAAAAUUCUUCAAACGUAGUAAAGACGUAGAUUUAUACGAAAACAAUUGUUUUCCGGAACAUGUUACUAUGAAUGUUGCACAGUGUCAAUUCAUUCGGAUGCAGUCUUCCGGUUUCACAGAUUUUUUUGACGAGCGUAUUGCGGAUAUAAGUGGCACCACUGAAUGCGAGCAAUUAUGUCUCAUGUGGGACAAUGGUAAUUGUCGCUACUUUACAUACAAUCGAGGAACACGCAUGUGUUAUCUGAGUCACACGUCACCUCGAACAUUGAACAAGAAUCCUCUACAGAAUUAUGACUUAAAUUUGUCGUCUGGUGAUCUGGAGGACUGUGUACAGUUCAAGUUAAAGUGUAAACCAGAUCGGAUGCACAUACAUGGUGCAUCGUUAAAAAUGUUUUCUGGAACACUUACGACAAAAAAUGAUAAAAUAGUUUCCUGCGAAAGAAAAUUCUUUUAUGUAUACGAAUUCGAUGCAGAGAUGUUGUAUAAUGAAUGUGGAAUGCAAAAAAUUCUUUCUCCUUAUUUGACUUUUUCAAACUUGGUAAUGUUAAAGGAAGGUAGCACUGAGCUCAUUACUGUCAAGGACAAAUUGUUAAAGGUCAUUUGCCACAUACAUAGUGAUUUGGAAAUUCUACCUGCAAAUCAACGCUUGGCAUUUCGUUUUCUGGUUGAAGAUGAGAAUGUUACAAAACAGAUGUUAGCGAAGAAUACACAAAUAGCGUCACAGUUACGAAAUUAUGUAAUUCAACCGCGAUAUACAAUGGAAGUGAUGGAUGUAAACAAAAAUCCUGCAGAAGUGGUACAAAUCGGUGAUGAAGGCUAUCUUUUACUGACAUUACAUGAAAAGCCGAUCAAAUUUUCGAUAAUUGAUUUAUUUGUGCGUGACAUACAAAGUGGCAGAACUUUUACAAUCAUAGAUUCGGAUGGUUGCGCUGUUCCAAAUGGAAUGCUCAAAGGCAUUUAUCGAAUUGAUAAAAAUCAUUUACAGUUGACCAUUGUCUUUAGUGGUUUCUUAGAUGAGACCGAUAUUAUCUAUGAGGCUUAUGCUAUCCCUUGCGACGAAUUGUGUGAUUCAAAUAGCUGCAACCAAGUGAAUUCCAAGAAAAACCAACAAAUCAAAAUUAAAAAUAAGGCGCGGAAGAGGCGGUCAGUGAUGGCACCAUCUGAAUCACGUCUGUUUCAACUUUCUGGCGAUAUAUAUGCUGUAAAAUCGUCGAAUAAGCUCAAACUCAAACAAAAGUUAUGGAAAAGAGGAGGAAGAAAUAAUGGUGUGCAAACAAAAUCAAUGCUGAUGCUUUACGAGGAAUCAUUAACAGACGUCAGUGAUAGCGCAGAACGAAAUCCCACUGCAGUAAAUCAGCUCGUAUGUAUUACUGAAGAUGUGAAGUGUUUAAUAAUUUGCUUGGCAAUGUGUCUUCAGGCUUUAGUGUUGGUUGUUAUCAUUGCUAUCACAUAUAGCAUCAUUCAACAUUGUACGAGACAACAAAGGUACUCAGAAAUUGUUGAACUGAGUCAAAAUAUCACCAAUAAACAAGCGACAAUUAUAAGGCUCUCAAAAAGUUGA